AUGGAGUCUCAAAACAACACACCGGAGAUUACCGCCGCCGCCGAUGCCGACGCAGCACCUGAACCCUCCUCCUCCUCCACCGCCGCCGCCGCCUCCGCCAGCCGGCUGUCGAGCGUGCACGUGACGGCCCUCGACGGCAUCGUGAGCGUGAACUCCCUCUUCACCAUGUCCAUCUUCAUCGGCUUCUCCCUCACGGUGCCGGAGACGGCCACGGCCGCGUCCCGCCCCGAGUGCACGGCGAGCCCCGGCACGGUGCGGCGGCUGAUCGUGUACGAGGUGGCGGCGUUCAGCUUCUUCCUCUUCUCCUCCCUCAUCGCGCAGAGCCUCAAGCUCUCCAUCAACCUCAUCAACAGCAUGGACCCCACCGACCCGCACAAGGCCGACAUCGACCCGGACUUCCUCAAAUACGGGCUGUUCGGAUCCGCCGUCGGCUCCGUCGCCGGCUGCGUGUUCCUAUUGAAGUGUGAUGCAUUUAUCUAG